AUGAAGCUCCUCGUAAUCGGCGGGAUCGCUGGUGCAGCUGCAGAUGAUGAAGCCGCCAAUGGGAUCUCGGUUGAAGCCCCAACUUUCACUGACGGAGUUCCUUCUCCCGUCGAUGGAGCCGCCGCCGUUGCUACUGGAACCUCCGCCGAAGGCGCCAUCUCCGGAGCUUUGGGCGUUGGUGAAGUGCCUGAAGGUGCCGCAAUUGGAGAAGUAGGAAGGAAUGUGAAUGGAAGGAGGCGCCGGAGAACUGGAGGACUAAGGAAAGCGCUGGAGGGAGAAGAAGGCCUGUGCGCUGAGGAAGGAAGACGUAACAUUGCCCAGUUUCUCAAAAAAUGUUGGCAGGUUAUUGGCCUGAAUAAUGUUCCCCUUGCUGGUGAUGAAUUUGAGGUUGUUGACAACCUUGAUGUUGCACGUGAAAGGGCGAAUGAGCGUGCUGGAACACUGGAUAUAGAAAGGAUAUCUGCAAAAGCUGGUGAAGGGAAAGUCACACUCUCAUCAAUUGCAGCAUCAGUUUCAUCUGCAAAGCAAGCUGGAAUUGAUACACAUGGGCUAAAUGUCAUCCUAAAAGUUGAUUUUCAGGGUACGAUUGAGGCCAUUAGGCAAGCUAUCCAGGUGCUACCACAAGAAAAUGUCUCUCUGAGGUUCCUACUUCAAGCUCCUGGUGAUGUGAGUGUUAGCGAUGUUGAUCUGGCUGUUGCUUCGGAAGGAAUUAUAUUUGGCUUUAAUGUCAAAGCUCCAGGAUUAGUUAAAAACUAUGCUAAGAAGAAAAGUGUUGAAAUUCGGCUGUACAAGGUGAUCUAUGAUUUGAUUGAUGAUUUGCGGAAUGCCAUGGAAGGUCUUCUUGAACCUGCUGAGGAGGAAGUACCAAUUGGUACUGCGAAGGUUCGAGCUAUUUUCAGUUGUGGGAGUGGCAAGGUAGCAGGUUGCAUGAUUACUACAGGAAAAGUUGUUCAAGAUUGCAAUGUCCGGGUCCUUCGUAAAGGGGAAGAAGUAUAUGUGGGCUCACUUGAUUCCUUGAGAAGGGUGAAAGAAACUGUUAAGGAGGUUGGUGCAGGGCUAGAGUGUGGUAUUGGGGUAGAUGACUUUGAUGAAUGGGAGGAAGGCGAUGUUGUAGAAGCAUUCAACACUGUAAAAAAGGCAAGAACCCUUGAGGAAGCCUCUGCAACCGUGACUGCUGCUCUUAAGGAUGCAGGCGUCCAGCUGUAGAAUUGCGAUGAUCAUAUGCACUGAGCGGUUUAACAGCUAUAGCAGCCUGUGGCCAACAAUUUUUUGGCGACAAAGCUG